CUGGGCGAGGCUGCGGAGGGGCCGGGCCAGGGCCAGGUGAGCAGGGCGGCCCGCUGGCCGGAGUUACUUCUACAGCGAGGUCUUCUGAGCCUCGCUUUCCUUUCCCCUUGCCAAGCGUUCCCCAGGCUAACUGUACCUCCAGGCCCACAAUGGACGCCCUGCAACUGGCAAACUCAGCUUUUGCAGUUGACCUGUUCAAAAAACUGUGUGAGAAGGAGCCUGCCGGCAAUGUGCUCUUCUCUCCAAUCUGUCUCUCCACCUCCUUGUCACUUGUUCAAGUAGGAGCCAAAGGUGACACAGCCAAUGAAAUUGGACAGGUCCUUCAUUUUGAAAAUGUCAAAGAUGUGCCCUUUGGGUUUCAAACAGUGACGUCGGACGUAAACAAACUUAGCUCCUUCUACUCGCUGAAACUAAUCAAACGGCUCUAUGUGGACAAAUCUUUGAAUCCAUCUACAGAGUUCAUCGGCUCAACGAAGAGACCCUAUGCAAAGGAGAUGGAAACUGUUGACUUCAAAGAUAAAUUGGAAGAAACGAAAGGUCAGAUCAACAACUCAAUUAAGGAUCUCACAGACGGCCACUUUGAGAACAUUUUAUCCAACAACCAUGUAAAUGACCAGACCAAAAUCCUUGUGGUUAAUGCUGCCUACUUCAUUGGAAAGUGGAUGAAGAAAUUUCCUGAGUCAGAAACCAAAGAAUGCCCUUUCCGGGUCAACAAGACAGACACCAAGCCAGUGCAAAUGAUGAACCUGGAGGCCACGUUCUGCAUGGGCAACAUCGACAGUGUGAACUGUAAGGUCAUAGAGCUCCCCUUUCAAAACAAGCACCUCAGCAUGCUCAUCCUGCUACCCAAGGACGUGGAGGACGAGUCCACGGGCCUGGAGAAGGUUGAAAAACAGCUCAGCUCAGAGACGCUGCUGCAGUGGACCAAUCCCAGCACCAUGGCCAAUGCCAAAGUCAAACUCUCCAUUCCAAAAUUUAAGGUGGAAAAUACGAUUGAUCCCAAGGCUAGUCUGGAAAACCUAGGGCUGAAAAGUACCUUUGACGAGAAUACAUCUGAUUUCUCUGGAAUGUCAGAGGCCAAGGGAGUGGCGCUCUCAAACGUCAUUCACAAAGUGUGCUUAGAAAUCAGCGAAGACGGUGGGGAUUCCAUAGAGGUGCCGGGCUCGCGAAUCCUGCAACACAAAGAUGAAUUCAGGGCCGACCACCCGUUUAUUUACAUCGUCAGGCACAACAAAACUCGAAACAUCAUUUUCUUUGGCAAGUUCUGUUCUCCUUAAGUGGCAGAGCCCAGGUUAAGUCCCACCUGACUUUUCUGUACACUGCAUCCAGAGAGUCCCUUUCUAAAUACGAUGCAUUAAUGCUGCUGGAUGAGGAAUGCCCUGGUGCUGGCCAUAUGUAGCCCUCACACUAAUAGACCCUUUCUCCCAGUCUUUUCUUUUAUGCCCCCUUCCCACCCAUCAGAGACAAUGCUUUGAAUGAAAAGGAAAUAUAUAUUCAUUAUUUGUCAUAUUAUGUAGGGUUAUGGGCAGAAAUGCAAUUUUUCACAAAGAAAAUUCUUAUGAGGAGGAUCUGUAGGAUUUUAUUCCUGGAGCUUUGCCUUUCUUCAUUGGGAUACAGAAUGUUCCAGACUUUCUCACAUCCCCGAAAGACUAAAGGAACUGUGGUUCAUGGGAUAUGCCAAACUUUCCUGGCUCCAGGGAACUUGAGCACAUGUUCAGGUUACUGUAGAUCCACAGCUCCUUAUGCUAAACCCCACGGGACAAAUGUUUUCUUCAAACUCUGAUUUUUUUGGGCUUUUAGGAAGAUAAUAUGUUGCACAAACUGUAUGUUAUGGGAGUCCGUUGAAAGAGUCUGAAACAACACCCUCUAUAUAAAUCGAUACCUUGAUAUUUCUGCCAUAAAAAUGUAGAAUAUUGACACAAAGUGGAUAAAGACUCUACGCGGCCCGUCAGUGACAGGCUUUGCUGACAAGUGGCAUAUGCCACCACCUCGUGAACAAGCCUCGUUUUCAGAACUUUUUGAGAUUUUUGGAAUGUUGACUAAGAAAUUGCAGGCCUACGGUAGCUGACUUGCAGCCCGUCAAGGGGAAGCUCAGAUCUCAUGAACAAUUCAUGUUCACCUUUGAUAGGAUGACCACCUGGUCAUUGGGCUGGGGACAGACCACUGGCUGGGGCUUCUAAGUGACUCAACAAGGUUUUGGAUGUUUGGCAACCAGGGUCUUAAAAAACACAGGAACCUUCAUGGUAGCCAGUAAGAGAGUUUUAUCAGUGUUGAGGGAACUUGUCUCUUUCUAAUGUGAUUUCUACACCUUUAGAAAAUAUAACUCAAACUAUUGAAGUGCUCAUGCUGCUUUGACACAUAUUUCUCCCAAGUCUGUGGGUUUGGUUACUAUAGAUAGCUAGCCAGUCACUUGAAUUAACAGUAAUUUUUAAAGUUGAUCUGAUAAGUUACCUAUAAGUUCACAUGUUAAUUCACUAUCAAAAGAGCACGUUAACUGAAGAUUUUGUGACAAUCCAUCUUCAUUUCUUCCUUGUAAAUAGGUUCCACUUUCUUCUUGCUCCAAGGGAUCAAUAUAAAAUUUCUUUUAUGCUCUCGACAAUAAAAUAUUAUUAAACUC